AGAAGCAGACGUCAACAUUUCUCUUAGAAGUUUGAAAUAUCUGUUUAAAGUGCACUGUAUCAUUAUUAUCCUCUCCCUCUUUGUUGCAAAAACAAAUAGUACCAGUAAAGAUGUUUCAGUAACAUAUGAUCACAUGUACACAUCUGGUUUAAACGCAUAUGUUGGAGGAAAAUGGUUUCAAUGCUCAGCAUUUCUUGAAAAAGCUAUCCAGGAGAGAAAAUCUUACAAAACUGUCAUAGUUGAUUGCAGACUUCAUUGUCGCAGUGAUUCAGUGCUAUCAGAUUUCUUCAUUCCAGCAGAUCUGAAUACGUCUGUAGAUGCUUUACGACUCAAUUUCUUUGAAAAUCUAGUUAAAGAAUCACAUUGUCUGAAAGCAUGCAAAACAGAGAAGCUUGGAUAUCAAAUGUCUGAAAAUCGUGUGUUACUUGAAAUAGAAGAGGAUUUUGAUAAUCUCAAACCAUAUUCUUAUCUUCAGUUUUGUUACUACAAGUUAGAGAGAUAUACAGAUGCAGCAUGUGCAGCAUAUACCUAUUUCCUGAGGAACCCAAAUGAUCAAGAUACAGUUACAAACAUCCAAUCAUACAGACACGACUAUAGAGUUAAAGAUGAGGACUUUAAGGAUUUGGAAAAAAAACCUUAUCAGGAUUACAGAAUAAAAGGAGAGAAUGCUUAUGACCAGGAUGAUUGGACUUACGCAAUAGAAUUGAUUGAGCUUGCUAUUACAGAAUACUACAAAGAAGAAGAGAGGUGCCGAGUAGAAUGUGAAGGACACUUUGACCACCAGUCCUUCCCAGACUUUAUUCAGGCAAUAGCUGAUCACUACAUCUCUGUGUUACAGUGUCAGUUUAAAUGUGAGAGGAAGUUGAGCAUUCUCUUUAAAGAUUAUCUGCCAGAUUUUGUUGGACAGCAUUAUAAUUUUCUACAAUAUGCAUAUCACAAAAAUGGAAAUAAUGACAAGGCUGUUGAGUGUGCCGCUACAUACCUAUUGUUUAAUCCAAAUGAUGAAGAAAUGUUACGAAACAAAGCAUUUUAUAUGCAGAAACUUGGAUAUCAUCAAGCUCAUUUUGUACCUCGUCAGGAUGCCAAAGAAUAUGAAAACCGUAGAGAUAAAAUGUUGGAGUUGUUGUACUUCAUAAGAGAUGAGUAUAAUGUAAUGGAAGAGAGUGAAGAAGAUACCAUGAAGGGGGAUAACCUUAGAGAAAUUGAGUUGGAAUUAGAAAAGAUACAUAUGAACAACACCAAAUCUAAACCAGAAAAACUGACCAAAGAACACUACAUGGGAAUUUAUGAAAAGAUUGGAAUCAAAGUAAAAGAGCAUAAAAACGACAGAUUUGUUGCUGAUGAUUUUUACAGAGAUGAUCAGUGUAGAGAACUUGCCAAUUUUGCAAAUAUAUUGGAACCUAAUUCAAAUGGAGUCCGAUAUUUGAAUGUAGCUGAAGGUUUACAGCGAAUAAAGGAAAAUACAGAAUUGGAAAUUUCUCUGAGAUUGUUUUUAAGAGCCAGUGAGCUAGCACGUCAUUUCAGUGCUCAUUUUUAUAACAAGACAAGUUUCUUUAUAAAGAAUGCUGCCAUAGUCUGCGUAGACCCUGGAUCAGAAGAUCAGCAUCCAGAAAACUGUAUACCACAGGAAGAUGGGAGUUGCUUAACAGAGGAUGAAACUGAUGAUAAUGAACUUCUUAAUGAUCAAUUUGUCUUGAUAUCAUUCCUGACAGAAGAUGAAGAACCAGGGCAUUUUAGUUUCCUAAAUAGAAGACAUAAGAAAGAGAUGCCUGUUGUGUCAAAAUGUGGAAGAGUUGUUGGCUUUAGAUUAUCUGACAGACAGAGAUCAGAGAGAUCAGAAUCACAGAGAUGCUCUAUGGUUUUAAUAUUUACAUCUAACAGAAAGGAGGACAGUCCGGCUCACAGAGAAGCUUCAUUAUACCUUUUGGAUUUAGAGAAAAGUCGUCUUGAAGUAAAAGAAGUUAAUAAUACAGAAGACAUGAAAAAAUUUUACGACAAUGGAGUAAGAAUAGUGAUGGGUGAAAAAGAGUUAAAUAGUAACCAAAGAUUUGCAGCAGAUGGUCUGAUAACUGAAGAACAGUGUCAAGCAUUGAUAAAUAUGAAUCAGGAAGGUGCCAUCGGUGGAGAUGGUUAUGAUCGUAGACGAUCACCCCAUACCAAAAGUGAAACAUUUGAUGGUCUAACUAUCAGUAGGGCAACAGAGAAAUCGUUCGAAGAUGGAAGCAGCAAGAAAGCUGGAAAUUUUUCCCCUCACACAAAAUAUGAGCUAUUUACGGGCCUAAAUAUAUGGCAUACCAUGGAGUUGGUCCAUGUUGGGGUUAUAAGUAAACAAGCAGCCCAGCUGUUUCUGGAUGCCAGUGACUAUGGAAGACUCUUGGUGGAAAAGUAUUUUAACUUGACACAACCAUUACACUUUGAUUAUACACAUUUAGUCUGUAGGACUGCUGUUGAAGGUUCACAAGAAGAUAGACAAGAUCUAAGUCACCCUGUACAUGGAGACAAUUGUGAACUACAGGCAGAUGGUUCAUGUAUAAGAAGAUUUCCGUCAUAUGUACAGAGAGACUACAGCUCUAUCAUGUAUCUCAAUGGUGAUUUUGAAGGUGGAGAAUUCUUCUUUGCUCAUGGAAAUAAAUCAGCCCAGAUGUACAUAAAACCUAAAUGUGGAAGGAUUGUAGGUUUCAAUUCUGCUGAGCUUCAUGGGGUGAAGGCAGUUAAAAAAGGUAAACGUUGUGCCCUUGCUAUGUGGUAUACAAUGGACUUGAACUUUAAAGAAUUAGCCAGAAUUGAGGCUAAAAAGAUGAUUGAUAAGGUACCAGAUGAUGUUCAUAGAAAUCUGAAAUCUAAAUCUGAAGAAAGUACUAAAGAAAAGAAAAGAAAUGCAGAUGAAGAAAACAACAUUAAAAAUGAACAAAAUUCACAUAUGGAUGGAUUAGAUAUUACUAAAACAACAGAAGAAAGUUUGAUCAAACAUGAACAGAAAAAUGAAGAAAAAGGUGUAAAUGGGGUAAAGCAAAAAGAGGGAGAUGCCCUCACCGAAAAAGGACAAAAUUUAACUGAAGAUGAUUAUAGUCUUAAAAAGGUAACAGAUAUCCAUCAGAAGGGACAAAAUUUAAAUGAAGAACAGAAACUUCAUGAAGAAUUAUGAUGGCGGAUGGUGCUAUGUUAAAAUAUUUUUGACUCUUUUGGUAUAUGUAAUCUCCAUUGAACCUUGGGAAAUGUCCAGUGGCAUUGGUCGGUCCAGUUAAACUGGAAGAUACUGGUUGGAGCCUUAAUUGAAAUUCAUUAUAAAAUUCAUUAUAAAUUGCAAAAUGUUUCAUAGUUUAAAACAUUUGAGCCAAGAUCCUCACUUUUGCAUUUCACAGGAGAUUUGAUUUGAAGAUUUGUCCUAGAUUUUUUUUUAUAUCAUGAAAAAUGUAAUUUUUCUGAGCUUUAAUUUUUUUUUGUUUAGGAUUUGAACAGGUCUAUUGACACUAGUUUGACUUUGUACUGAUAGGAACAAGUUCAAAUCUUACACUUAAACCACUGUAUGCUUGCUCAGUAAGGUUUAUUGAUAUUUUAUUCAAUGUGCUUUUGUAUGUAUUUGCUACAAAUUACAUGUAUAUUAGCCAAGAAGAAUGAAUAAUAAUUAUAUUUGCUACGAUUCACAUGUAUAUAAGCCAAAAAGAAUGUAUAUUAAUUAAAUAGACAAUCAUUCCUAUGUUUCAUUUAUGUUAUAAGAUCUGUUUUAUGGUGCUUUACUGAUGGGUAUUUGAUUUCACCAAUCUUGUCAUAAGUUAAGCACAAAAUUACUUUAAAAAGAUGUUCAUAUUGUAUUCAUACAACUUCUCAUGCAUGGCUUAAUGCAUUAUAGAGUCACUGACUGUAUAUCACAUAGCAUUAUACAGUCAGCAUUAGAAUGAUUGCAGUAUAAAUUUGUAUAUUAGGUUUGUAAUGAUGAGAGUUGGGAUUGGGUCUUGUCAUGGCAUUGUUUUGACUUUUUAUUUAAUAUUAUUUUUAUAAGUCUAAGCUCAAUUUAGGGGAAAUAUAUGGUAUGAAUUUAAGUGAGAAAACAAUACUAGAUGUACCAAGUGUUCUAAUGUAUCAUUUGUUGCCAGACAAUGCAAAAAUCAUGAUAUCUUAGAAUAUGAUUUAUAUACAUAAAUAACUCUUUAAACUAGGGAGUGCUUAACUUUUGAUAGGCUGUGAACAUAUUUUGUGUAUAUAUAUUUGUUAUGGAAAUCCAAUUUUAUUGAAUCUCAUUUUAUUAAGUCAUGUUUACUUUGACCUUUUAAACAUUGUUUGCAGUAUGCAGAUCUGUAUAUUGAGGUAAGUUUUUGUAAAUGUCAGAUAGUCUUCCGCAGAUCUAUAUUUACAAGCUCAAUAUUUGUAAAUGUUGAAUUUUUUGGGAUUACAAGAACAACAGCUGGAAAUAAAACCAGUAAGGGAAAAAGUAAUUCAAAUGGUACAGUACUAUUCACUGUUCAGUUUCCUCUGAGUUUCUAACUUAGUUAAUUAAUUUGUUAUUAGAAAUUGCUUAUUAAUGUUGUAAGUGGCUCAGAACUUCAAAUUAAAACCUCAAUCUAAUUUUUUCAUACUCCUAAUAAUUAUUUCACAAAACUUAAAUAGUUCAAAAGUAAUCCAUGGUUUUUGCUGUCAUGAAGGGGAUAUCACUUUGAAAAAGAGUUGUAAUGUCCACAAGUUAAUAAAAACAUGUGUAUAAAGCAACAAGUUUUUUUUUUUUUUUUUUUUUUAAAAGAAUAAAUUAAAGAGUAAGAGCAAAGACUGGUUGGCUUGGAGUUACCUUGUGAACUAUCAUGUUAAAAAAUCCGUCUCAGGGUUUCGUUCUAUUACAAAGCAGGGUUUACAUUAUUCCUGAAUAUACAUUUAAUUUGCCACUGGAGGGGAAACGGCCAUUCAUCAUUUUCAUCAUCAAAUGGGCAUUAUCUAUUAUAAGGAAUAAAGUCCUCAAUCACAAUGCAUGUGUAUAUAAAUCCUUUAUGCACAUCUUUUUACAUUUAUUACCAAUCCAUAAUAUAUAAUCGACAAAAAAUAUUUCAUUCAGUGAUGGCUUUGCCUGCUAAUUAACUUUCUUGUUUUUUAUUACUGAAGUUCACCAAACGGGACCUUAAUUAACAAUCAACACAGAAUCAUGCAGCACCUAAAAAAUAAGUGAAAUGAUAGACAUGCAAUAGAGGGAUUCUUUUUUGUUUAUAUUUUCCAUGCGUUUCUAUUUGUUAAUUAAAGGGAGUAAAUUUUGGUAAAGGUCAUAUUUGGACCCCAAUUAUUAAGUUCAAUGUUUCAAGAUAAAAAAUGUUUUAAGUUGAUAUAAAGAUAUGUGAGAAAGUUAAACAGAACUAUAUCUGCCAAAGCUUUAUUUUAAAGCGUUGUAUUUUACAUGGCAAAUAGGUCAAAAAUAGAUAUUUUUGUGAAAUUUGACAAAGUUGUCAGUAUUGCAACCAAAUUACGGCCUAGAAAACAUAGAACACAGACAUAGACAAACUAAAUAUUCAAGUCAGAUAUGUAAAAUGUCAUAACAAACAUUAUGAUAAAAGAUCAGAUUUUGUUGACACAUGUACUUUAUGUUUACUGUCCAAAAAAUCAAUGGAAAUUUACCCGUUGUCAUUGAAUUUUCCUAAUCUGAAAUUUUAGCUAGAAAUAGGGGCCAUUUUAGGGCCUUUGGAACCUUCUCCUUUGUCAUAACAGAUGUUAAAUGAUUUGAUGUAUUAAAAUUUCCUUUCAGAAUCACUAUCUAACUUCCACAUUUGUAUACCUUUUCUUAAAUCACGAUUUUUCUCUUGCACUUACACUGCGCGGUUACCAAAGUACUAACGAGAGGUCUCGUGGUUAAGGUCACUGCAUGCGGAAAAACUAUCGGCAAGUAAGGGAAGACAGUUCAAUAGCAAUACAUUUUUAAAAAUUUGAAUGAGACUAAGGAUUUUAUUUUAAAAGAAAGUUCAUGUACACUGGUUUUAUAGUAAAACUUAGCCAUUCAAGUUUAUAAAACAUAUUCAACCUCCUUUUUAAUUAGAAGUUUCAUAUGACCUUAAGUUAUAGAGUAAUUAAACUUAUUUUUAUCCAUGUUUUCUGACACAAAAAUCUGGUUAAAUAUGGGACUUUUACUAUUUUUUGCCUAUUGUAGCAUACUAAUACCAUAUCAUAUUCAGUUCAACUGAUUUUCAUCAUGUGUAGAGGACUCCACAUUACCACCAUUUUUUUCUUAAUUUUAUGCAAUUUAAUCACUUUAAUUCUCAAAAUGAGCACAUUUCCAUAUAAAUCCCAAAAAUUAGGUGAUUAAUUACAAAAGCUGUAAACUGGGAUGAUACCACAAUUGUGCCAAUGUUCUGCAGUCUACAUUUGAGAAUAUUAAAGGUAGCAGGAUACAUUUGACUACCUUGUAGCAGUUCUGUAUGUUUUAAGUCCAGUAUAUAUCUCUAUGUAUUUUAAUCUUGCUAGAUACUUUAUAUCUGUAAUUUUAGAAUAGUGAAAUGCUUAUUUUUUCAUGUUUUUGCUACAAUUUAUGAUAUACUGUAUCUGUAUUUUUGAUAAAAACUAGUUAUCUCAAACCCUGCAAUAAUAACAUUAACAGUACCACUUUUACUGCACCAGACCACAGUAAAAAUGACAAAAAUUAUAAACUGACAGUUAAUCAAAAUGUAUAAAAUAAAUCAUGCCGUGGAAAGUUCUUAUGUACUACUAAGAUAAUACUUUUGAAGACUAACAGUCUCAAAAAAUAAAUCAUAAACUAGAUCUUACUUUGCUGUUAAGGCAAUAUAAAUGCUAAUUUUAAUGAUCAAGUUUAUUGAAGUUUACCAAAUAUUCUUAUAUACUGUGGAUUCAGUUAUUUUUGUGGGUACCAACUUUUAUGGUGGGAUGAAAAUAAAUAAAAAAAUAUAUUUUUGUGUAUACUUAGAUUAAUGGUUUUGACAAAUUCUGCAUACAAUCAUUUAUAAAAUUUGUACUUUGUUGAAUAUUUAAAUUGAAAGUUCUUUUUUACUCUCAAAAUUCACGAAAAUUGGUACCCAAUGAAUUAUUAUGAAUCCAUUGUAUUUAGUUUUCAAUAUAGGCUAGGUUGAGAGUAUUUACAAAGUAUCAUAUGAAAUUUAGUGCUGUUAUUGUUAAAACUAUUUGAUAAAAUCAACUCUAUUUUUUCAAUCAUGUUUUAAUUGUCUCCCUUAUUAAUAAGAUUGUACACCCCCAAAAAAAUGUCUGCAAGUACUCAUGGCAGUUUCACCCAUUUAUUUGAAACAUGUCAUUAUUAUUUACGGUUGUUUGCAAUAUGGAGUCAAGAGUUUGGCUGAUUUUGCUUCCUAUGUUUAUUGAUCUUUUGAAAGGCGAACUACAAACUAGACAAACUAUUUAUUUUGUAAUAUGACAUGUUAUGAUGUUUAUUGUUUAGAAUAUUGGAAUAAAUCAACUUUAUUUUUAUUGA